UGCGAUCAGUUGACUCACAACACAACAUCCAUCGAAGAUACUGUAGCUGCCCCUAACCCUACAAUAUCAACAACAAAACUUAUUAUUCUCAACAAAAACGCGUCUCCCAACAUUUAUACUGGUGCAGUCAUCGAGAGGUUAACUCUUUCAUGCAAACUGUACCUACUAUCAAGAAGAAGAAGGGUUGUAAGAUCUUACAACCAUCAAGUGUACGUUAUCCGAAAGGUACACAGUGGGAAAAACCUUUUAUGGACAAUAUAUAUUUAUCAAAAAGUAUUUUUCUAAAUCAAAUAAUGAAAAAAUUAUUAUACUAGUCAUUUCAAAUAAUUUAUUGUGUCGAGGGACAGACAGCCAGUAUAUACAUACAGUACAUGCUAGGCUUAUAUCGAGGUCACCUCCACACACCCCCCCCCCCAGGGCCGAAUUACUGGCCCUCCCCAGGAUGCAACCCCACAACAUGUUACCUAACUCCUGGGUACCUAUUUACUGCUAGGUGGAGAGGCAUUAGGUGAUAAGAAAUACGACUAACCAUGUCUGUCCUGCCUGGGAUUCGAACCCUGUAUUCUCGAUUGCGAGUCGAGAAGGAACCCGACGGUACUACCUGGACCCUUCAUGUCUCAUAGAUGAACACAAUCUCUCAGCUUCAGGAAGAUGACCGGAAAACAACUGGAAGUGUGUGUUGAUUCUCUGCAAUCAGCAGUAGCAGCUGUUGAUGGAGGGGCAGACCGUCUGGAGGUAUGCUAUGCCCUCUCAGAAGGUGGUCUCACUCCAACCCCUGGCCUUCUUAUGGCUAUCAAGAAGCACAUUAAGAGGCCUGUUGAUGUAUUUUGCAUGGUGCGCCCACGAGCAGGCCCAAUGGUGUAUUCUGAAGGUGAAGUUGAGAUUAUUCUAAGUGAUGCAGAAAUGCUGAAAAAAUUAGGAGCAGAUGGCUUGGUAUUUGGUGCACUCAAUACUGAUGGUACUAUUGAUAAGAAACUUUGUAAACAAUUUAGAGAGGCAGCAAGUGGUCUACCUUGUACUUUUCACAGAGCAUUUGACCUUCUUUGUGAUCCUCUUAGUGAACUUGAGACUGUUAUUCAGUUGGGAUAUCAAAGGAUAUUAACAAGUGGUGGAAAAGCGACUGCCUUGGAAGGAAGUGACACUUUGGCUCAUCUAGUAAAAGCAGCAAAAGGGCGUAUUGCAAUCAUGGCAGGAGCUGGAGUGAAGUCAAAUAAUAUUGGAAAAAUUAUAUCACUCACAGGAGUUACUCAGUGUCAUGCAUCGGCAAGAAUAUGCAGAGUGUUUAGCUCAGAGGAAACAAGUGGAGCCAAGAUGGGUAGCGGGAAUGACAACAUCAUGUGGGUAGCGUGUCCAGAAGAGGUGCGAGCUAUGAAGUUAGCAAUGGAAGAAGCCUAACCUAUGUACAGCAUAUUAAAAAGGCAACGGAAAUUUAUUAUUCUAGGGUUUGAUCAAUAUAUUUUAUAAUUACCAGUAUAACUAGAAGCUUUCUUAUAUUUGGUUAAUUUUGUUAAUUGAAAUAUAGAAAUAAAAUUAA